UUGCUACACAAACCGGCGUCAAGCCCCCAACCGGAAACAGGAAGUUUCGACCACGAUACAGGGACGCGAAUGGAAAACGACACACCACCGGCAGGAGUUGAUGAAUUAUCGUGAUUACCAUCGUCUCUAAAUUGAAUAGAGUAUGCUCUUUAGCGAGCCCUUCAUGCGGAGGAGGUGAGCCUGGUUGGUCACAGGGAUAUGGUAAUGUAUAGUGACUAGCGCUGGACACAGACAGCACUGGACACAACAACAACAAGGAACAGCAGAUUUACCUGUGAUGAGUUGCGAAGGCACUGGUUUGGGGGCCCCGGGCCCACUUGCAGGGUAUUGGGAAAAAAUCCAGGAGCGCUCAGCCUCCUUGGAGACCUGUCCGUGGUGUGCUGCUAAAGGGCAGACUCGGGCUCUGCGUUCCUAUAGGAUCAGCAUCCAGGAGGUCAUCACCCUCUGCACUGACCCACAGUGCCUGUUUCCCCUGGUCUCCCGGCCUUUGGAAGAUGUCCUGGCCAGCCUCGUACCCCCUCUACCCCAAACACAGACGGGGAGGAAGAGGAAGAGUGGGUUGGAGAUUGGAGACUCUGUAACUUCCCCCAAAAGCGCACGAUUGGAGGAGGCCGUGUCACAGAAUGAGAGUCGCCCAGUCGUCAGGAUCACCAGCUCCAAACUCAAUGGGGAAGACUGCUUUCGUAAGACGAAGCACACAACACUAGUACAGAAGGAGAGAAUCGGCCAAUCAGAACCCACAGACAUGGAGCUGGUGGAUAAAACCCUCAACUAUCCACUUCCUGAGAGGGGAGGGGCCAAUGGAUACCACAAGGAUUCUGAUUGGCCGAUACCAGAGGAAAUGGACCAGAAAGUCCUAGAUGAGGGAGAAGAUGGUGUCUUUCUCCCAGAGGAGGUUACACCUACUUUAGACAAGGGGUUGCCUCUCCCAGAGAAGACUGUACCUACGUCACAACUGUCUUUUGUAGAUGCUGAGCCUGUACCAAAGGAGGUUAUCUGUCCCUUAGACAAGGCUGUUUCUGUCCCAGAGAAGAAUGUGGUUGCUACAGAGAAAGUUUUGGCUCCACGGGUAACUGUCCCUAAUUUACAGGACACAGUCCGUCUCCUAGAGGCUCUGAUUGUCCCAGGGGAGGCUGUCUCUCUGCUAGAGGAGGCUCUACCUGUUCCAGGGGAGGCUGUCUCUCUGCUAGAGGAGGCUCUACCUGUCCCAGGGGAGGCUGUCUCUCUGCUAGAGGCUCUACCUGUCCCAGGGGAGGCUGUCUCUCUGCUAGAGGAGGCUCUACCUGUCCCAGGGGAGGCUGUCUCUCUGCUAGAGGAGGCUCUACCUGUCCCAGGGGAGGCUGUCUCUCUGCUAGAGGCUCUACCUGUCCCAGGGGAGGCUGUCUCUCUGCUAGAGGAGGCUCUACCUGUCCCAGGGGAGGCUGUCUCUCUGUUAGAGGAGGCUCUACCUGUCCCAGGGGAGGCUGUCUCUCUGUUAGAGGAGGCUCUACCUGUCCCAGGGGAGGCUGUCUCUCUGCUAGAGGAGGCUCUACCUGUCCCAUGGGAGGCUGUCUCUCUGCUAGAGGAGGCUCUCCCAGGACCUGUCCCAGGGGAGGCUGUCUCUCUGCUAGAGGAGGCUCUACCUGUCCCAGGGGAGGCUGUCUCUCUGCUAGAGGAGCCUCUACCUGUCCCAGGGGAGGCUGUCUCUCUGCUAGAGGAGGCUCUACCUGUCCCAUGGGAGGCUGUCUCUCUGCUAGAGGAGGCUCUACCUGUCCCAGGGGAGGCUGUCUCUCUGCUAGAGGAGGCUCUACCUGUCCCAUGGGAGGCUGUCUCUCUGCUAGAGGAGGCUCUACCUGUCCCAGGGGAGGCUGUCUCUCUGCUAGAGGAGGCUCUACCUGUCCCAGGGGAGGCUUUCUCUCUGCUAGGGGAGGCUCUACCUGUCCCAGGGGAGGCUGUCUCUCUGCUAGAGGAGGCUCUACCUGUUCCAGGGGAGGCUUUUUCUCUGCUAGAGACUCUACCUGUCCCAUGGGAGGCUGCUUUAGAGAAAGAUGAGGAGGAUCUGCCUGUCUUUGACGAGGAAGAGAAGAUACAGGAUGAAGAGCGCCCCCCGCAGGGGGUCUGUAGACCCUGCAGUGUGGACCUCAGUCAGAGCAAAGUGCAUGAUGGUCAGGAAGAUGACGGUCCUAUCAGAGCUAGAAGAAGAGCUCAGAACGCCCGACAACUAAGCGACGAGGACGAGGAACAGGAAGUAAGCGUCAAAGUGGAAGUCCUGACACCGGCGCCGAAAAAGAAAAGGGGCCGGCCAAGAAAGACUCCUCUUAUUAAAUACACGCAGGAAGUGUUGCCCGACUUUGACCCGGGACUGAUCUCGAUGGGGGAGUUGGUCCCAGUUCCCGGACCUCACCUGUUCUGGAAGAAUGAGCACAGUUUGGGUUGGCUGGACACCUUGCUGGUAGCGCUGGUCCACUGUCGCACCCUGAGGGACAGACGACCCAUCAAGAGGCCCACUGUCGGUCAACCGGUCUGGGAUCUGUGUGAGAGGUACGACCGAGCCUGUAGUCUCAGCACAGCCUACCAACACACUGGCGCAGAUGGUGUCGUCCGAGUGCCCUCCGCCGUGGCACAGAGGGUCCAGACUGAGAUGCAGGCCAUCAGGAUGGCCAUCUUUAAACUGCUGGAGCCUCUGCUGAAAUGUAAACUGGGUCAGAAUGAGAGGCUGGUUUUCGUCCUGCCUCUCCUCCUCGGGGCUGACUCCUGGGCCGAACGUCUCUUCCAGCAUGAGUUUGACUGGCAGUUCCAGUGUAACUCGUCAACUUGCCAGCACGCCACCAAAACCAAAUGUAACAAGACCCUCACCACUUUCACCAAUGUGGUUUCUGAUUGGCACCCUCUCAAUGCUGCCAACCAAUCACGUUGCAGCAAGUGUAAUAAGAUGAAGCAAGCCAGGAUGUUGGUGCUGGAGAGGCUGUCUCCUGUGUUUGUGCUACACUUUGCGGAAGGUCUCCCUGACAACGACCUCAGCGUGUACUCCUUCACCUUUCAGCAGCAGAGGUACUCCAUCACCACCGUCCUGCAGUACGACCAGCCGCUCGACCACCUGGUCAGCUGGAUACGUAUCCCUGACGGAUCAUGGUUAGAGUUCGACGACCUGAAGCAUCCUGACUGUGUCUCGCACACCCAGCUGGCUGUCCCGCCUAGAGAGAUCCAUGUUGUCUUCUGGGAGUUGGAGACAGACCGACCGGACAACCCACAGACACCCUGCUCUUCUCCUCCCGAAAAUCUGACGAGCACUUCCUUGAUACAGAAAGAUCCUCACCUGGCCAAGCUCUUUGUCGUUAAUGAAUCUCUAGAACUUUCUCAGACGGUCUCUGACGACGUUGACAUGGACGCCACCAUAACGGCUGACUACAUAGAUAACAAUAUGAACACAACAUUAAGGAAUAACUCUCCCAUCAUCGUCGGUUCCACCUCCAUGCUUGCUGAUGUACCGUUCCAGUCCUGGUCUCACGACCUCUCUUCUCACGACCUCUCUCUCCCCCUCCCUCUCAAUGACACGGCCGUUGUCGAGGCGCUGACGGUGUCUGACAACGCAUAUAAUGAUGACAUGGACACCACGGUAACAGCCGGUGAGCCGUCCAUCGGUUCUGCCACGUUGCUCGACACCUUCGAAGGCCUCUCCCACGAUGACGUCGUCACCCUGACGCUCGUAGAGGUCAAAAUGGACUCUGAGAGCAGACCGUUGGACGACGUCACCCCGGCUCCCAAACAAAAAGAAAGAGACGUCUGCUUUCUCUCGGCUCCUAGAUCUGAGACCCCCCCACUUGCCCAUGAAAUACCCACUGAAUCUGAAACGCCCUCUGAAACAGACGAUGAAGACCUCGUCGAAAGGCCAACGUCCCCCGAAACGGCCAGUGAGUUUCUCCCUGACAGCAGUGACGUUCCGUCUGAGACCGACUCUGAAGGACUCACUCCUAGUCCUCCCAGGAUCAGGAGAAGCAGCAAUAGACCUAAAAUGGCGUCCAACGCUCCAGUUGCUGCUGCAGCUAAGGUGGUCACAACAACAACACCAAUGGCACUUUCUGGAAGCUGUGGUGAAAUAAUCCUGCCCUCUGUUGUAUCUAUGAUGUCACCAUCAUAUGUGGAUCCCAGCCCCGCAGCACCAGAGUUCCCUCCCUCUCCCCUGCCCCACCCCAAAACUCCCAAUACCCCCAACUCUCUGCAGAGCACGCCUGGUCUCCCUCCCUCUCCCCUGCCCCACCCCAAAACCCCCAAUACCCCCAACUCUCUGCAGAGCACGCCUGGUCUCCCUCCCUCUCCCCCGCCCCACCCCAAAACCCCCAAUACCCCCAACUCUCUGCAGAGCACGCCUGGUCUCCCUCCCUCUCCCCUGCCCCACCCCAAAACCCCCAACUCUCUGCAGAGCAUGCCUGGUCUCCCUCCCUCUCCCCUGCCCCACCCCAAUACCCCCAACUCUCCGCAGAGCACGCCUGGUCUCCCUCCGCCACCGCACCCCAACUCCCACUGGUCGUACCUGCUCAGCCGCCACCCCACCACCACCCCCACUCCCCCGGCACCCAGAGACAACCCAGUCAGGAACCACUCGACACCCAAUCGGUUCCAGCAGCUUUCACAGAGCCGACAGACCCCCAAGAUGGCUCCCCCCAACCCAGACACCAGGCUGAAGAAGCCUCCUCCUCUCCCCAAAGCCAGACUCAGUAAGGAGGACAAUGAGGCGCUGCCGGUGAAGGCUGCUGAGAUGUACGGAGGGUUCAGGAGCAGGAACGUAAAUACAAACAUAAACAAUGUCUCUUCCAAGACUUCACCUCCAACCCAGCUCCUCUCUCAAAGAAUUGACCCUCAAAAUGGCGUCUGGAAGACACCAAGUCAGCCUGGCGCCCUCGCCUCGCGAAAACCCCCUAUCCACAACACUGCAGCAGCGUAUCCUAUCAUGACCUCACUUCCUUCUUCUCCGGGAGUCACGGAGCUCCAUAAAAUCUCUUCCUCCAGGAAUCAAGGCCCCGGUGGCCAGGUCCCGAAGGUUCCGGCCGGCCUCAGUGAGACAGAAGCCCUCAGGUACAAGCUGCUGAAGAAGCUGAAGGCCAAGAAAAAGAAACUGGAGAAGCUGAAUCAGAAGUUGGGUUUCCAGGCGGCUGCAGUAGGACAGGAAGUGACCCGGGGACCAGACUGCGCCGACCUUCGCUCCCCCUCUACCGUUAGCUCCAGUACCUCCGCCUACGACAGCCCCGCCUACGAUGAGUUCUUCGCCGACCUUCUGUCGCCCGCGACGACUGCCAGCAAUCUAUCACCGGACAGCACGGGCUUCCUGGAUAUGCUCACCACCAAUGGGCAAGAAGGGGGAGGGAACUUGGCAUGUGGGGGGAAUGCGAUUGGUGGAGCCUCACAGGUGAUGACCCCUGCGACCUUACAACCGGCCAAUCACGGUGUAGUAAUGCCACUGCCUGGUCUAGAUGGGCCAAUCAUGACCUCCGGUGAGAACUUCCUGGAGGAGUUCAUAUCGGGGUCGGCCAAUCAGCAGAUGGAGACGGAAGCACUCAGUGCUUUCGACCUGUUCUUUUAGGCUUCGUUAACCACAGGUCUAGGAUCUGCUAUCUGCUUACCAAACCCCUGAGCUUAAACAUCAAAGCUUAGCUCAGAUCAGUGGCGACAUCUCGUUCAAUGAAAGGAUUCUCAUGUCUAAUUCGUUGACUAGAUCACAAUAUAGGAAGUAGAGUUGCCAGUGUAGACGUGGACAGUUGCUAGGAGAAACGACAUACUACUACACCUUUCAGUCGCGUGUGUGUGUGUGUGUGUGUGUGUGUGUGUGUACGUGGCAUCAGUGGGUUGUUCUGUUAUUGGUAGCAUGUGUCACACACAGUGGAAUCUUUACAGCUAGCCAUUUAAAAUAAACACUCCCAUAUCAUUCAUGCAUUUACUUGUUUCCAAAAGAAUGCUGUGAAGUUGAAUACGGUUUAACGUUGAUACUCAUUGAAGCUUUGUCCUAAACGCCACCUUAUUCCCUAGAUACUAUAUUUUGACCAGGUCCUAUAAGGUCCUCAAGUUAAAAAAAAAAAAACUAGACAGAUUGAGGCUUUUAAACGAAUGUGAAAUAUUGAGCUUGUUUCAGGGUAAGGUUCUGUAAGGUUAAUCGUUGUUUCAGAGUACAGUAGAACUCAUUCUGUAAGGUUAAUAGGCGAGUGAUCUGAUCCUGCUUCGGAAUGUUCUGGAGAAAUCAUGAUACUGUUUUGCUUUAGUUUGUCUUUUUAUUAUUUUAUUUACAUUUUGUCUGAAUUACUUAAAAUCCUGAACUAGGAUAAAAAAAGCCUGACAACUAGGAUAAAAAAAGCCUGACAACUAGGAUAAAAAGCUGGGUUCGUGUUUUAGUGGUGGUUGGAACUCUGAUCUUGUCCAUUGGUUGUUUUUGAAUGUAAUUUUUGUAAUACAAAACGUGACUGUUGUAAAAUGUUGUACAGGAUUGGAUACUGUAUAUAAUUCUAAUAAAAUCAAAUGUUUUCUUUAAACGGA